CUCCCCUCCCCUCCCCUCCCCCGGCCGGAUGUCGGGCGCCAAGGGCGAGGAGCCUCUUCCCUCCGCAGCCGCUGGGUCUACCGUCCUCCUCCCUUCGUGCAGCGGGAAGAGGAAGGCCUCCAGGAGCUGCUCCCUGACCCGGACCCUGAGGUAUCUCUGGAAAGAAGCUGGAAGUCUGAAACAAAAUGUCUUCAGUUGCAACUUUCUACAAUGGGAAGUCAAUACUUGUUACGGGAGCCACAGGUUUUAUGGGCAAAGUACUUGUGGAAAAGCUUCUGCGUUCCAGCCCAAAUGUGAAAACAAUUUAUAUUCUUGUGCGGCCCAAAGCUGGACAGACGAUGCAAAACAGAGUGGAAGAUAUGGUAAAAUGCAAGUUGUUUGACAGAGUCCGUGAAGAGUGGCCCAACUUUCAUGAGAAGAUUAAACCAGUGAAUGCUGAACUCACCCACCCAAACUUGGCCAUCACUCCAGAGGACACCGCUGAGCUCCUGUCUGAAGUCAACAUUGUCUUCCAUUGUGCUGCAACUGUUCGCUUUGAUGAACCAUUAAAAAAGUGGCAUAUUUUUGAAAAUGUAGAAAAGCCCUACAACCACUUGAAAAGGCAUGCCCUUUCGCUAAAUGUCAGGGGUACACAGCAACUCCUGGUACUGGCCCGCCAGAUGCAGAAUCUUGAAGCCUUCAUCCAUGUUUCAACUGCCUAUGCAAACUGUAAUCGGAGGUACAUAGAAGAAAUAAUCUAUCCUCCUCCCCUGGAGCCCAGGAAACUUUUUGAUCUCGUGGAGUGGAUGGAUGAGUCCCUUAUUGAAGACAUCACACCCAGACUGAUUGGGGACUGGCCCAAUACCUACACAUUCACCAAGGCCUUGGCAGAGUACCUGCUACAACAGGAGAAAGGGCACUUAAAUGUUGCCAUCAUUCGGCCAUCUAUUGUGGGAGCCAGCUGGCAUGAGCCUUUUCCUGGUUGGAUUGACAACUUCAAUGGAACAAGUGGCUUCUUUAUUGCGGCUGGAAAGGGGAUUAUACGGACUGUAAAAUGCAAUUUAGAGGCAGUAGCAGAUAUUGUUCCUGUAGAUGUUGCUAUCAAUUUAACUCUUGCUGCUGGGUGGCACACUGCAGUUCACAGGCCAAAAUCAAUCUUGAUAUACAAUUGUACCACAGGUGGUAUGAACCCAUUUUGCUGGGGAGAGAUGGAAUAUCAUGUCAUAUCCACAUACAAAAGGAAUCCACUGGAGAAAGCCUUCAGAAUACCUAAUGCUAACAUGACCUCAAACUAUUUGAUGCACCAGUAUUGGACAGCUGUCAGUCACAAAGCUCCAGCCUUUCUCUACGAUUUGUAUCUGAGGCUAACUGGAAGGAAGCCAAGGAUGAUGAAGCUAUUUAAUCGCCUGCACAAGUCCAUGACAUUCUUUGAAUAUUUUACCAGCCGCAGCUGGGAAUGGAAUUCAGACAAUAUGAAUAAGUUAAUGAGCCAGCUGAGUCCAAAGGACAAGAAGUUAUUCUGCUUUGAUGUCCGUCAACUUCAUUGGUCAGAAUACAUAGAAAACUAUUGCUUAGGAACAAAGAAAUAUCUUUUGAAUGAAGACAUGGCUGGAAUUCCUGCAGCAAAGCAACACUUAAGAAAGCUAAGGAAUAUUCAGUAUGCACUUAACACCACCAUUCUUGUGAUCAUCUGGCGCAUAUUCAUCGCAAGGUCACAAAUGGCUCGGAACAUAUGGUACUUUGUGGUGAAUCUCUGCUACAAGUUCCUUAGUUAUUUCAGAGCUUCCAGCACCCUCAGGCAUUGAAAUACCAUCCCAGUUAUUGACCACCAUCAUCCCAUGGAAGGACCUCCAUCGCUUCAACUGUGGGUGUUUGAAAAUAACAGGGUAUCUCUCAACUGCCACAUUAUUUGACCAGCAUUCAGCAUACAUCAUUACAGGAUCAUUGAUUUAAGAAACAACAACACUGAUGCUUUAAGAAAAUACUGUCUUUCAUCCCUAUGCCAGUCUAAACCAUAUCAGUCAUGACACACAACAUUCCGUUUUUCUUGACAAACAUUUAUGAAUUAUCCUAAGGUGCCUUUAGAUGUAAAACUUACCUAAUACAUACACACACACAUACACACUAGCCAUUUUCAGUCUUUCUUCUUUCUAACUUGAAUAAAAAUUGAAGCAGGAUUAUAAAAUCACAAGAAGCAAGUGAAAGUCUAACUGGAGGUAUAUUUUUUCAAGAUCACUCAUAGUAGAAUUAAGAUCAUGUUUUGCAGGUGGUGGAUAUGUAUAUAUAUCAGUCAAUAUAGUUCAAGGAUGCCUCACUAAGAAUAAUAAUGAAACUUUUUCCUCUCCUAUUGUAACAAGUCUGGAUUUUUUUCAAACCUAGAAGCCUCUUCCUAAGGAACCCUGGAAACUAUAUUAUCUGAAUAUGAGUUACAAAUCCCAAUGAUUCUUAAAAUUGCCAAUAUACUACAAUUUCCAGGAUUCUUUGGUGAAAUCCAUGAUAAUUUUGGCAGUGUGUAUGUGUACAUGCAGGCACACACACAUGUGCAUUCACAAUGUAGAUGUACCCAUAUACACAUAUUUCACUAGAAAAUUAAAGGGCCUUUCCUGCUUUCAGGAUUAAUUCAUAAGAAACAAAUCUGAAUUUGUUUUUCUUAGGUGCAGAAAUAUUUUUUCUAUUAUUCAAAUUACAGGAUAUUGUGGGAGAAUGAAAUUCUUUCCCUAAAUUGUAGGAUUAGUACAGUUCAGACCAUGGUUUGGUAUGCAGUGGCACGAAAGCCAUGGGCAGUGAAUUGUGUCUGUACCUAUCACUGAUGAUAAGGAAUAUAUUUUCCAUUUCUGAUUUAUUUUGCAAUUUUUACAUCAGCAGUGGCUUAGCGGUUAAGAUACCAGUUCUGAUGACUGGAAGAUCGGAAGGCUGGCAAUUCGAAGCCUGAGUGCCACAUGAUGGGGUGAGCUCCUGUACUAGUCCCAGCUUCUGCCAGCCUAUCAGUUUGAAAGCAUGAAAAUACAAGUAGAUAAAUAGGUACCACUUCAGUGGUAAGGUAACAGUGUUCGGUGCAGCCAUGCUGGCCACAUGACCACCGGAGUCAUGUUCAGACAAUAUCGAAUCCCUUGGCUUAGUAACAGAGAUGAAAACCGCCCCUUACAGUCAGUUACAACUAGAGAUUCAUGUCAAAGGACUACCAUGCUCCAUUUGUUUUCAAUGGAAAUCCCCCAGGAAUGGCAGUGAAUUUUCCCCAAAGCAAAUUCUAGUUUCUGAUCAAUUGCCACUAGCCCCCCUUGGUCCCUGAAGAACACAGCAUGGAGAAAUACACUGAGGUACGGUGUCAUGGUUUGAGCAUUUGGACUAUGACCCUGGACGCCAGAGUGUCCAGGGUCAUAGUCUCCCUGCUUGGCCAUGGGAACACACCUUGGAUGAAACAAACACUCUCAGCCCCAGAAAACUCCAUGAUAGGUUCACCUUAGGGUCGCCAUAAGUAGGAAAUGACUUUAAGGCACACAGCAACAACAAUUGCAACAUUCAAUUAAUAUUUUCAUGCCCAGUCAGCCUGAACCUCAUCAGUCCCCCACCACAUUAUUCUUUUCUUGUUUGUCUUUUUAGUACCUCUUUUCUUUUUUGCUUUGUAGGUAUUAUAUUAAAACACACAGCUACUGCUGGAAAGACACUGAUGAAAUUUAUUUUCCUCAAUAAACUCCCGGCAUGAGCUUUGAGACAAUUUGUAUGCAGAAACAAUGACUGUAAACUAGAAAAUUUCUGGUCUCCGUUUGUAUUCCGUUAUUAAAUUCACUAAUCAUUGAUAUUA